GUAAGGUUAGGUUAGAUUAGGUCGCCGUAAAUGUCGAGGAGUACAUAUAUCGAAUGAAAGAGGAUAUCAUUGUAUAUUGAUAAAUUGUUGAAGACGACAUUAUGAGUGUUGAUUUGGGAGAGCUCUCGCAUGAUACAAACUUGGUUAAUAAGUUGCAACAAUUUAGUGACGCGGCAUUCAGAAUACAGGAUAUGGUUGAAUUGGUUAAUAAUCCGGCGUUAUAUGAUAAACUUUCAAGACCAGACAAGAUCAAAUAUAAUUUAUUGCUAUCCUUCAGCCUUAACAGUUUAUUUUGGAUGUAUCUACGUGCUGAAGGAAUUGAUCCAUCAAAGCACCCCAUCAGAUCACAGCAUGAGCGGUUGAAGAAAGCGAUGAUAAGAGCAAAGCAGAUUGAAGAUAGGAAUACAAUUAUGCCACAUGUAGACAAAGAAGCUGCUAAAAGAUUUGUCAGAAGUGGCUUGUGGGAACCGAAGCAAAAGAGACUCAAGAGAGACAAUGGAAAACAAACUGAAAUGUCUUAGGAUUAUUUACAUAAAUCUAGUCGCCUAUAUAAAUAAGUUCUGUUAUAUUUUUGCACUAAUGGAAUAAAGGAUUUUUAGGUGUCUUCUAUA